AUGUGUGGAAUAUCUACCAUCGUCAAAUUACCGGCAGCCGCAGCCUCGCCGCCGCGCGAUGUCCUCGAGCAGCAGAUGACAGAGAGCCUCGAGAUCAUCAACCACCGUGGGCCAGACUCGAAAGGCAUAUGGAUCAGUCCGGGCAAUAACGUUGGUUCGGCAGGCAACCCUCCAUCACAGUUUGCAUUCCAACAAUUGAACCUUCGCUAGUGCUCGGCCAUAACCGCCUCGCGAUCAACGAUCUCUCCGAAGCAGGCUCCCAACCCUUCCACAGCCCAGAUGGAACGCUGCACGCCGUCGUGAACGGCGAACUAUACGACUACGAUGAUCUCAAACAAGACCUGCAAUCCGAGCAUGGCUACAUCUUCGCGGGUCAAUGUGACUCGGAAAUCGUACUCGCUCUCUACCAAACCUACGGAAUGGAUUUCCUACAGUAUUUACGAGGCGAAUUCGCACUGUGUAUCUAUGACGAGACGAACAAGAUCUUCGUCGCGGCGCGGGAUCGGUAUGGGAUCAAGCCGCUGUUCUGGACUCUCUCGAAGGGCAGGAUGUUGGUCGGAGCUGAAAUCAAGGCAUUCUUGCCGCUUGGCUGGGAAGCCGAGUGGGAUGUCAAGUCCUUGAUGGAGGCUGGCUGGAAUUUCGAUAACAGGACUUGUUUUGAAGGAGUCAAGAAAGUGAGACCCGGGCACUAUAUGGUCUAUGAUGCCGAGGGGAAGAUUCACGAGGAGUGUUAUUGGGAUCUGGAAUAUCCCGACAAGGUGCGUCAAAGACACGUCUUCGUAGUAGCGAACUUGCCGACGUCUAAUCACUGCGCAGACGAGACAGGAGCCUCGCACAGAAGAAGAACUCAUUCAAGGUGUUCGAGAGCGCCUAGUGGAAGCAGUCCGAAUUCGACUACGAGCCGACGUCCCCGUUGGCGUCUAUCUCAGCGGAGGCAUCGAUUCCUCCGUAAUAGCAGGCGUGACAGCCCAUCUCGUCAAAGAACAGGGCAAAGCCAUGGGCAGUCUAGACCAAGUCAGCUGCUUCUCCGUCGCAUUCGACAAGACCAGCGGCUUUGACGAAUCCGGUAAAAAAAGAAAAAAAAAACCUCAGCAACGUCCACAAAAAGAUCCCCAAAAGCUGAUCCAUCUCGCACAGCCAUCGCAGAACGCACCGCCUCUUUCCUCGGCAUCAAGAACCACAAACAAAUCAUGGACGAAGAAGCCUUCGCUUCCAGGUUUGAAGCCGCAACGUGGCACUGCGAACACCAGAACCCGGACCUGAACUACGUGGGCAAAUUCGCCCUCUCCGAACUGCCUCGCAGGCUGGGAUUCAAAGUCGUCCUCACGGGGGAAGGCGCCGACGAGACGUUCACAGGCUACCACGUCUUCCUCCCAGAUUUCCUCCGCGAGCCCGACCUCUCCUGGCCGCAAGCCAUGCCCGAAGACCAAAGAACCCACCUCUUCGAAAGAGCCGAAACCGAAACGAAAAACUACUAUACUUCCAUCGGCGCUGCCUACAACAUCCCCUCCCCCUCCUCAACAACUCAAACCCCCCUCCACGGAAUCAGCACCGUAGCCUCCAUGAGCGCUUUCCAGCCAGACCUCUUCCUCCCGCCGCACCCCGACAUCCAAGACGAAAUCCAAACCCCACGCGACGUCCUCGCCCACGCCCUCCCCCCAGCCAUCCUCGCGAAAAUCCACUCCGAAUGGCAUCCCAUCAACGCGGCCCAAUACCUCUGGUCCAAAACCCACCUGCCCAAUCAAUUCCUGUCCUGUCUCGGCGACCGCACGGAAAUGGCCCAUUCCCUCGAGGGCCGCACCCCGUUUCUCGACCACCGUCUGACGGAAUUCGUGAAUUGUAUCCCUCCUUCGCUGAGAGUCCACUCCCCUCCCGGCCAAAAGGGUGUUGCUGGUCCCCUCAUCACGAAGUAUAUCCUCCGAGAAGCAAUGCGGCCCUUCAUCACGGAGGAGAUUUACCAGCGGGCGAAAUUCCCCUUCACGGCGCCGGUGACGUAUCGAGCCGGGGGACCACUGCAUGGCUUGAUGAGCGGGUUGAUCACGGAGGGGAAUGUGAAAGGGUUGGGAUUUGUCGAUUGGGAAAAGGUCAAAGGGUUGGUGGAGAGGGCGUUUGGGGAGGAGCGGGAAGCGCAAGCGCAAGCGCGAGCGCAGGCGACGCGGUCGAUGAUCGUGGUCGCGCAGUGGAUAGUUUUGGGGAGGAGGUUUGGGGUGAAGAGAGCACACCGAGAGAAAUUAGUGGGAUAG